CAGACCGGUAGUUGCAUUGUACCUUGCCAGUCACUAAGGGAGGAACAUCGCAUGCUUUCGAACAUUUGCUCAUUUUUGUGAUUUUUCUGGUUAGUGAUAAAGGACAACAAUACGAAGUUGGAUUGCCAAGUGAAAGAAAGACACAACUUUGACCAUUAUCUACAAAAAUGUUUAAAAAAUUUGAUGAAAAGGAAAAUGUUUCCAACUGCAUUCAGCUGAAGACAUCAGUGAUCAAGGGAAUCAAAAAUCAGCUGUUGGACCAGUUUCCUGACAUUGACGCAUGGCUCAAUCAAAUCAUGCCAAAAAAAGAUCCGGUUAAAAUCGUGAGAUGUCAUGAACAUAUUGAAAUCCUCACAGUAAAUGGAGAGCUCCUCUUCUUUAGACAAAGAGAGGGGCCAUUUUACCCAACCCUCAGACUGCUGCACAAAUUUCCCUUUAUUCUUCCUCAUCAACAAGUUGACAAAGGGGCCAUUAAAUUUGUCCUGAGUGGAGCUAAUAUCAUGUGCCCAGGGCUGACGUCUCCCGGAGCCAAGCUUUACCCUGCUGAUUCAGACAAAGUAGUUGCAAUAAUGGCAGAAGGCAAGCAGCAUGCACUAUGUGUUGGAGUGAUGAAGAUGUCUGCAGAUGACAUAGAACGAGUGAACAAAGGUAUCGGUAUUGAAAAUGUUCACUAUCUCAAUGAUGGACUGUGGCACAUGAAGACGUAUAAGUGACACUCCAAUCAGACGAAUGACACGCACCUCUGAACCGUGAGCACCAGGCAACGCAAAUACUGUUAAACCAAUGGACUCUACCAAGCUGGAAGCUUUGAAACAAACCCUCACCGUCAUGUACAAAUAAAGCCUACAUUCAAGUUA